CCAGUUGCUGAUUUUAUAAAACUAUAACAGAGAAAAAUAAAAUUGAUGUUAUAAUUGCACAAAAUAUUAUAAAAGAGAAAGCAUGUGUUCACAAUUAUAUUGGUUCAUUUCAAUUAUCUAUUUAAUAUUAAUUAAUGCAGAAAAUGUAACUAUAAGUCCUAUUCUCACAACACCUAAACAGCAAAUAAUAUCUAGUAUCAAAAAACCAAGCGAUGACUAUUUGGUUUCUAAUAGACAGAAUUUAAUCAAAUGGUUACUCACUGGAUGUUGGGAAUUAAAUAAAUAUAAGUGUGAAUCCAUGUAUCAUGAUCCAGGUUCGACUGAAUAUCCAGGGUAUGAUGGCUGGUACAACAAUAUUGGCCGGCCAGAAAUUGGUGCAGUUGAUACACCACUUUUAAGGAGAUGGCCAGCAGCUUAUAAAGAUGGAGCAUAUAAACCUUCUGGUUUUAACAGACCAAAUCCAUUGAAAAUAAGUAAAGAAUUAUUAAGUGGAGAAAUUGGAUCUGAAUCUGUAAAAAAAAGAAAUGUAUUACAAGUAUUUUUUGGUCAACAAGUUGUUGAAGAAAUAUUAGAUGCACAAAGACCAGCAUGUCCUCCAGAAUAUUUUAACAUAAAUAUUACAAUAUUCAAAGACAAAACUAACCAUACUGAAAUGCCUAUACUUCGUACACGUUAUGACGAAUCUACAGGGAAUUCUCCAAAUAAUCCACGUCAACAGCUCAAUGAAAUAACACCAUAUAUAGAUGGAGGAUUAAUUUAUGGUACUUCUAAAGCAUGGUCAAAUAUUUUAAGGACAUAUUCUAAUGGAACUAUUGACAAAAAUGGUUUGCUUGCAUCAUCAAGUUCAUAUAAAUAUCCAGAAAAUAACAUAAUUGGAUUACCAAUGGCAAAUCCACCACCUCCAAUCAAUCAUGAUAAAUAUAUUUCCCAACAUUAUACAGAGAAAGUCGAUAGAUACUUUAAAUUAGGAAAUCCAAGGGGUAAUGAAAAUCCGUUUCUUUUGACAUUUGGAAUAAUUUGGUUUAGAUGGCACAAUCACAUAGCAAGCUUUAUAAAGAGUCAACAUAAAGAGUGGACAGGUGAAAAAAUUUACAAUGAAGCUCGUAAAUGGGUAAUCGCAACACAACAGCAUAUAAUUACCAAUGAAUGGUUACCUGAAUGGCUAGGUGAAGAGCUUCCAGCAUACAAAGGUUAUAAUCCUAAUAUUGAUCCACAAAUAGAUCAAUUCUUUCAAGCAGCUGCCUUUCGUUAUGGUCACACUCUAGUACCAGCUGGUGUUUAUUUACGAGAUUAUGCAAGAAAUAAUUGUAAAUUAGAACUUAAUGCACAAGCUAUUAGAACAUGCAACAAUUACUGGAUGUCACAGAAUUCUUUAUUCCAAAACCAAUCCAAAUUAGAUGAUAGUUUAAAUAUAGAUAAGCUAAUAAUGGGAAUGGCUAUCCAAUUAAGUGAAAAAGAAGAUCAUAAAAUAGUAGAAGAUUUACAAGGUAAUUUAUUUGGACCUCUUGAAUUUUCAAGAAGAGAUUUAAUGGCUCUUAAUAUACAAAGAGGCAGAGAUCAUGGAUUACCUGAUUAUAAUACUGCACGGGUUGCAUAUAAUUUAGAUAAAAUUAAAGAUAUGGAUCACUUUCAAAAAUUGACCUUGCAUCAGAUUGAUCCACAGAUAAAAAAAUUAUUUGAAUUAUACAAUAAUUCAGUUGAUGAUAUUGAUGUUUGGGUUGGUGGAAUAUUGGAAACUCGUGAUAAUCCUGGCGAAUUAUUUCGAGCAAUUAUCAUUGAUCAAUUUGAGCGUAUACGUACGGGAGAUAGAUUUUGGUAUAAGAAUUUAAACAACAGAUUAUUUACAUCAAAUGAAAUUAAAAGAAUAGAAAAUUUAUCAUUCUAUGAUAUAUUGAUAUCUGUAACUGAAAUGGACCAUGAUGAUAUUCCAAUAAAUCCUUUUCAAAUUCCUUCUGAUGAAAAUUAUAUAAGCAAAACCUGUAGAGACAUAUUGAGAAAAGAUUGUUGUAAAUUAAAAGCAGAAGAAAACGUCUUAAAACAAAAUUGUUAUUGUGCUAAAUCAGUUAAUUCAAAGAAUGUUGAAAAAUGUACUGAUUCAAAAACCUAUGAUUAUUUUAACAAUAGCAGAAUAUCCUAUAUAGCAACAUUUAUAGGAUUAAUUGGAAUUUUUUGUGGAAUUGUUGUAUUGCUUCUUUAUAAAUUACAUUUUAAGCAAAAGAAACAAAUAGAAUAUGAAUCCAAAUGCCGUAUGUCAUAUCUUAUGAGAGAAAAUACAAUGCCUAUAUAUACAGGUAAGAUAUUUAUCAACUAUUCUUUCAUAAUCCUAUUCUAUGUUAAUAAUCAUGUUUUAACAGCUACUGAAUGGCAAGGUCGGAAAUUGGAAACAAAACUUGUAAUUAUUGUUCUCAAUAAGAGAAAACAGCAACUUGAAGUAAAAAAUCAAUUUGGAAACAUAAUGAGAGCACUAGAUUUUGCACAUAAUAAUGCAGUAACAAUAUAUAUUCCACCUGACAGCAAUUAUACUAUGAUUAGAGUUCAACACAAUUAUGAUUUAGUAUUAAAAUUUGAUUCACACUACUUAAAAACUUCAUUUUUCCAAGCUUUUGAACAAUUUAUACUAGAUAUCUCUAUAAAAUCUUUUGAAAAGAAUAAAAAUAUUAAUAGUGCAGAAAUGUUAAAACAAGCUAUUACAAAGAAAGAUCGACAAAAUAAAUUGGAAAAAUUCUUCCGUGUUGUCUUUGCACAAGCAUUUCAUAUAACACAUAUUGAAGAUGAAAUAUUACAAAUAGGUUCUAAAACUGCAAAAGAGGUGAUCUAUACAGAAUUGACUAUUACAGAAUUUGCGGAAGCAUUAAGUAUGCGACCAGAUGCAGAAUUUAUCAAAAAGAUAUUUAACUUGGUUGAUAAAGAUAAAAAUGGUUUUAUAUCAUUUCGUGAAUUUGUUGAUAUGUUGGUAAUAUUCCUCAAAGGUACUGCAGAAGAAAAAAUGAAAUUUAUGUUUGAUAUGUAUGAUAUAAAUGGCACAGGAAGACUUAACAAAAUAGAUUUUAUGAUCAUGUUAAGAUCUUUUUUAGAAACUGUUAAUACAGAUAUAACGAAUGAUGAAUUAGAAACACUAAUCCAUUCAAUGAUGAAUCAAGUUAAUUUGGCUUCAAAAGAAACUAUUAAUUUAAUGGAUUUUAAACAUCUACUUAGUCAAUUUAAUGAUAAACUUAAUUAUAUUGAAUUGGAAUUCAAUGUGAAUUCUGAUGGAAAAAAAAGAAAGUUACAUGCAGGGAUAGGAACUAUCAAAUCAACAUUCAUAGGAGAACUACAAAAGACGGUUGAUAACUUAUAUACAGAUCUAAAUGAUAUAGAAUUAAGAGUUAAAGGCAAAAUUAUAGUAAAAAAUAUGGAUUGGAAAAGAAAUACAGAGACAAUUGAUAAUCAGAAAAUUGUAGAAGAAACAAACAAAUAUACAGAUAAUUAUUGGUAUCCUAUAAUGAAAUAUCUUGCUAAUAAACGAUUACAAAUAUUUUGGAUGUCUUUGUACACUACAAUACUAUUUUUAAUAUUUAUAGAGCGUGUAUAUCAUUAUUCUAUAGAACGAGAACAUACAGGUUUAAGACAAAUUUUAGGGUAUGGUUUAGCACUUACAAGAGGAGCAGCAUCAGCUAUGAUGUUUACAUAUUCAACACUUUUGAUUAUGAUAUGUCACAAUAUCAAUACUGUACUAAGAGAUACAAUUUUACAAUAUUAUAUCCCUUUUGAUUCUAUGAUUGAAAUGCACAAAUAUAUUGCAUAUUGGGCUCUAAUAUUUACUGUACUACACAUCAUUGGACAUGGUUUCAAUUUCUAUAACAUCUCAACACAAACAGCUGAUGAUCUAACAUGUUUGUUCCCGAACUAUUUUCAUGCGACUCAUGAACUUCCAAAAUUCCAUUAUUGGAUGUGGCAAACAAUUACAGGCAUAACUGGUAUAUUGUUGACUAUUCUGAUUGGUAUAAUAUUUUUAUUUUCACUGCCUAUUGUACGAAGAAUGCUGUAUAAUCAGUUUACCUUUACACAUUCUUUGUAUCCAGUUUUUUAUAUCUUUAUGAUUCUGCACGGUACAGGAAGAUUAGUUCAAGAGCCAUAUUUCCAUUAUUUUUUUUUGGGUCCAUUUAUAUUAUUUAUCCUAGAUAAGAUUAUUACAAUGACAAGAAAAACAAUAGAAAUACCAAUAUUAAAAGCAAAAAUUCUACCCUCAGAUGUAACAUGCAUAACUUUUGCAAAACCACCAAAUUUUCAAUACAAAUGUGGACAAUGGAUAAGGAUUGCAUGUCCAGCAUUAGGAACAAAUGAAUACCAUCCCUUUACUCUUUCUUCAGCACCUCAUGAAAUUAAUUUAACAACACAUAUUAGAGCAAUUGGACCUUGGACUACAAAUAUCAGAAAUAAAUUAGAUUUUUCUAUAUCUCUUAAUAAAAAAUUACCAAAGAUUCAUAUUGAUGGACCAUAUGGUGAAGCCCAUCAAGAUUGGAAUAAAUAUCAUGUAGCAAUAAUGGUAGGAGCUGGAAUAGGUGUUACACCUUUUGCAUCAAUAUUGAAAGAUAUAGUUUUUAAAUGUAAUCACAAGUUUGCUUUAGGUUGUCAAAAGGUAUAUUUUAUUUGGGUAACAAGAACACAAAAACAAUUUGAAUGGAUGGUUGAUAUACUUAGAGAACUUGAAAAAUGUGAUAUAAAUAAUUGUGUAUCUGUACAUAUCUUUAUUACACAAUUCUAUCAAAAAUUUGAUUUACGUACCAUCUUAUUGUAUAUAUGUGAACGUCACUUUCAAAGAAUAUAUAACAAGUCUCUUUUUACUGGUUUGAUGGCAAUCACCCAUUUCGGGAGACCAAAAUUUUCUCAGUUUUUUCAGUCAAUUCAAAAAUUGCAUCCUAAUGCUAAUAAAAUUGGUGUAUUUAGUUGCGGUUCACCAUCAAUUGUUCAUUCAAUAGACAUUGCUUGUAAAGCACUUAAUUUAAGAGAAGAUAAUCGCACUUUGUUUCAACAUAAAUUUAAAAGUUUUUAAAUCUUAUCAAUAUAUAUAUUGAGAGGUUUUAUUACGAUAUAAAUUCAUAUAAAUUAUCAAUAAUCAAUGUAAAAUGUAUUGCUUCUCUUCUUACCUAGUUUGUAUGAUAUAAAUACAAUCUAUACAAUUAUAUUUCAUUAAAAAUAAAUAUAUCAUAUGAAAA